GGAUCUAGUCGACGUCUUUUUCGGCGCUCUCCACCCAAGCUACAGUAUUGUUCGCCCGAUUAUGUCACGGGAAAGGUUCAUCCAGUACCUCAGGAACGAGUUUCGCUGCCGCAGGCUCUGGUUUUUCCACUGGGACUGGAAGGCAUUCACACACAGUCCCUGGUUGCCACAUGCAAUUAAGACCCAAUGGAUCUACCUGCUCUACAGAACAGUCAUCGCCUUCUACUUUCUUGUGUGGCUGCUUGCGAUAGGCAUCAAUUUCUCAUCACCUAAACUCCUGAUAUACCUCACACAGUGGUCGUUUCUCGCCCUUAAUGCCUAUUUCAUCUCGGCACUCAUCACCACGGUUGUUAACUUUUUCCUUGUCUACGUCUAUCCCAAGAGAAGGCGAGUGGAGUCACCACCUGAUGCUGAGGAAGACGAGGAAAGCUACGAGCGACACUGCUGCAAGUCAUCGACAGACAAAACCACGUUCUGUGAUAAGAUAACCUGGGCCCUGUUCCUCGUG